GAGCAUUUAUUAAAGAGAAAUGCAUGAAUAGAGAGGAUAUUCAUAUUAUCGUUCAGUCCAAAUUAUUACAAACGAGUUGGAGUCUCCAAGUGCCAAAAUCAACCACUUUGAAUCCAUUAAGCCUCAUCACAAAUGGAGGUUGCAGAAAUGGAUGAAGCCCUGAAGGUGUUGGAGUCCUCUCUUUCUCUCAUCAAAUGGCGUCUCAAAUCUCCAACCAAGCGCCGUCUCGAAAUUGAUAUACUAGCUCUGUGUACAGGAAUGAGGCCAGCUGUAAUGGUAGACUAUGGUGGAAAGAUGCCUGAACUACAGGAGCGACUAUGUCAACUUAUGAAACUUAUUCAAAAGGAGUCACCCAUUUUUGAGCAUUUGAGAGUAAUGGUUAUAGAAGAUAUGAUAUAUUUGAUACAUGUGGGAGGACUUGCUGAGCAUGUUAGGUUAAGCUUGAGCUCAGAAGCGCAGCUGCUUUUUGUAGAUCUUGAACAUGAUCCUCCAAAGGCUCUCUUUUCGUCUUUGUGCCAGAUGACACAAGCACAAAAAAGCCCAAUAGGAAUGCAGCUGGUAUCAAUUCAGAAGUCUUUCUCUUUGUUGUUUCCUCAAGAUGGAAUGAAAGAUGAUCUCCUAUCAUGUCACAGGGCAGAUAACAUGGCUGAUGCCAAGUCUUCAACAAAUGAGCUUAUCACUUCUCAGUCUUCUUCAACAAAUGAGCUUAUCACUUCUCAGUCUUCUGCCUUUAUUGAUCUUAGUAGCUGCAUGCAAGAUACACACGUCACUGUGCCAACUUUAAAUGGAUGGCUUCUUGGUUAUCCAGUAGUGUACUUGUUCGGCAAGGAGCACAUUGCUGAUGCUAUAUAUAAUCUUUCCACCAAGUCUCUUCGUAUCUUCAAAAUAUCUGUCACCAGGAAUUCUGCUCCCAAUAAAGGAUCUCAGCUGGAAGAGCUCUUGAGUAGUUUUUCGGUGCCUUACGAUCUAAGCAUGGGAGGAAGUAAUGAACAAUGGGCAGAGGCAUUUCUGGCUAAUAUGCAGGAAAAGUGGGGAAGAUGUAAGCAAGUUUGGAGGUCUUUGCAUAUGGAGGUUAGUGAAUGCUAUCCACAAGCCAUUGUUUUGUAAUAAUAACCAACCCUCCUCCUCUCUCCUAAGUACCAUGACAAGAUUAUAAAUUUUUUUUUUUCCCAAUAAAUGCAUCUUCUUCUUCUU